GGGGACCCUUCCCCAGAGCGUCAUGAUGGGGAAACUGCCCCUCGGGGUCGUGUCUCCGUACGUGAAAAUGAGUUCAGGGGGCUGUACGGACCCCCUGAAGUUCUAUGCCACCAGCUACUGCACGGCCUACGGCCGGGAGGACUUCCAGCCUCGCAUGGGCAGUCACAGGGGCACAGGCUACGAGAGCAACCUGCGGCCCUUGGUCACCUCCCUGGACAACGCCGCCAGCGGGGAGAAGUACCGUGACGAUGGUUUCCAGACCCUGCAUAGACAGAACUACCGGCCCCUGGAGGUGCCCGACGGCAAAGCCCCGCUCCCACGGGGUCUGCACCAGACCCUGUCUGGCUUCUCGCGGGAGAACGUCCGGUCCACGGCCCCCCUCAAGGAGGUCAGGAAGGUCCAUUUCGACACUCAGGACUACGGGGCGCAGAACAUCACAGGGCUGGAGCCCAAGGAGGUGCCCCUGCUUCACCAGCAGCAGGGCAAGGGCUCCCUGGAGUGGGAGAACAACCGUCACGGCCCGCGUUCCAUGGUGUCUGAGUAUAACUCCAAGUAUAAGGAACCACUGAGCCAGCCAGAUCUGUUGCAGAAGAAAUCCAUCGGCCCCAAGGAGGAGAGCGGCUUCACUGAGGAGUCAACCAAGAACCCCAUUGUCUUUCUGCCGCCUUCACAGGCCCUACCCGGGGACCCGGGGAAUGAGUUCCUGCCAGUGCUGGCCAGAGGGACCGAGCGUGAGUCGGGCUUCAGCCGGCCCAGCGAGCGGAACAUCAACCCCAGGGUGCCUGCCCCAGCGCCCGAGGCCUGCACCAUGACCCUCCGACAGUUUCAAUCGCCCCAGCGAAUGCAGCAGACCAACUUGGCCCUGCUAGGCCGCGAGUCCAUGGGCAACAAGGAACCCUCAGGGUACACUCUGAACAACCCCAGUUAUGUCCGGAGCACCCAGGACCCCAACAUGGAUAAUCACUACCUGACCACCUACAACCAAGGGUACUUUGAGAACACACCUAAGGGGCUAGACCGGGAAGGCUGGACCCGAGGGGGCAUCCAGCCCCAGAAGCCCGGGGGCUAUGCCCUCAACCAGCCGGUCACCCGUCUGGAGGGCGUCCCCAACCCAGAGGAAAGCUUGAAGCGCCUGCACCCCCACGUGGGAAGAACCCUCAUCUCCACAGACCCCUUCUACCGAACCCCACCCCACAGCAACCACUUCACUGCCCCCAACUGAGCCUGCGACCUGGGUUCCUCGAGCCCAGGGGUCAGGAGCCGGCCACUGUUCCUACUGCCCCCAUCCCCACUGGUUCUCUUCCUCGAGGAAUAAAGAGCCGUGGAACCCAGCUGGUGUCGCGUGCCCAUCAUGGGGGGCUGGGGUG